AUGAACGCCCAGCUCCGAACUCUCUCCAAGGCAAUAAAGUCUCUCGACCGGACAGCGGAACCCAAACAGCAACAGCACACCGAAGAAGUCCACCAGGAAGCCAGCCCGUAUCCGUCAAUAAACGCUUCAGACGGAGAAACACGACUCAUUGAACUCCUGCCUGGAGCCUUUUCUGACCAGAUAAACGUACGGCUGUCGAGAGCUACCAUAACAGGCUGCACCGAGUACGAUGCCUUGUCAUACGUCUGGGGACAGGAAAUUUCAACAACCCCAGCACUGGUAAACGGCAUUCCUGUAAAGAUAACCGUGAAUCUAGAGGGGGCACUGCGACACCUCCGAAAGGAGACCGCCUCUCGGAUUAUAUGGAUCGAUGCCCUCAGCAUCAGUCAACACGAUGUCAAUGAGCGGAACAGGCAGGUCCAGAACAUGGGAACGAUAUACGCUUCCGCCCGCCAAGUCAUCAUUUGGCUCGGGGAUGGCGCCGGCGAUUCAGAGCAGGUGAAGCCUGCGUUUGACUUCAUGAAGACUGGUGUCUUUCCUACAAAGGAAGACCCAUUUUUCGAUCUGCGGAGCGCGUUCUACUACAUACGUAGUUCUGAAUGGUUCGACCGCGUCUGGGUUAUUCAAGAACUUGUACUUGCGACUGAAGACCCCAUCGUCUACCAUAGACAUGAUUUCGUAUCGUGGUCA